GAGCAUAAAUAAAAACACAAAAACAAAAAUAGAAAGUUUCAAUCGUGUCACUGUUGAUAAACCGUUUUUAUAAAUUGUUUCUACAAAUUAUCUACAUAGAAUAAGAGUCAGCAAAGUUUUUCCUGGUAUUCUGCCCAACUUAUGGAAGGAAAGCUCAACAGCUAUCGUUCGCAGAAACGUCGUCAGGCGAUCCUCAAUAACUUCAAAGAUCGUCUCUACAAUAUGGUGUCUUUCCAGCAGGUUCGAGUAGACGAAAAAUCUACCCACGUCAUAGUUGAAGCCGAUAUCCAAUCGCCAUCUAAUGCAAAAACUACCAUCGCUCCGGUUCAUCAAUUCAGCGCGGGCAAAAAAUCGCGAACGGUAUCCGAAUCCGACUCGGUGGUAUCAGUCGGAAGCACAGUGUCCUCUACGAAUUCCGACCAAACGGCAGCCACCGGUGACUCCAAAAGCACGAAACCUUCUCGCUCCUAUCUGACCUAUAUCACCUACUUGGUGUACUUCCUGUUCUGGGUCACACUGUACGCGAUCGCUAUCGAGCUUCGAUUCGGGGUGGUAUUCCUGAUGCUGUCCGCUCUGGUUGGAAUCUACUUCAACACCCGGACGGAAAAGACGCCCGGCGAAAUCAGUGCGUACAGUGUUUUCAAUGAGAAUUGUGAAUCGAUCGACGGGACGUUGAAGGCUGAACAGUUUGAGCGAGAGAUUGGCAUAAGGCAUUGAUUCCUGGUGCUGUGGUGAUUUUGCGGGAGCAGGAGUAACGGAAAUUAGCUUUGAAGAGGAGCCCGCCAACUGUAUUGUUUCUACAUCUACGUGUCAUACCUCAAUCUACCCGUAACAAGGCGAGGGACCAGAACCGUUAUUGUUCGAAACCCAUUUAUCACCGUGCCGUAUUGCUCGAU